UGUGACUCUGUGGCGAAAACUGCAAGAAUUGCCUGUUCUUAUGUAACAGGUGAAACCCUAAAUGGGCAACGGCUGAUCGAGUUCCGGCUCGGGCCGGAGGCCGACUCGGAGCAGGGCGAGGGGUUGUCUGUCGCAUCCGCCGAAUUAAUGGUGCGCGCAGAGACAUCCCCUCGCGCUCGCCGUCUACGCUACACUCUGUGGGCGUUCACCGUCAAUGGUAACGCCAGUGUCGGCGAACUGGCCGGCACCACGAAACGAGACCCGACGCACGGGUGGCAACGCAUGGACGUGACAGCGGCCGUGCGCCGCUGGGCCAGCGCUGGAGAGCGCGGUCCGCUGCGACUGCUGCUCGACUGCAGCGGUUGCCUGGGUCGAGUGCGACUGCGGCUAGCCGGCGGGCAGGCGGCGCGCCCGCUGCUACGACUGCGGCUCGCACCGCCCGCCACGCGCCGUCGUCGCGCUAUCGUCUGCGACAGCGCCAACCACAGUCGCUGUUGCCGCGAGACAUACUAUGUGAGCUUCCGCAGGCUCGGCUGGGACGACUGGAUCGUCGCGCCGGAAGGCUACUACGCAAACUAUUGUCGCGGCGCCUGUGCGCCUUUCCUCAACUACCACUCGCAGGUGGUGGAGGCGGCGCGGCUGGAGCGCGCCGCGUGCUGCGCGCCUGUGCGCUUCUCUGCGCUCUCACUCAUCUACUUCGGCGCCGACUCGAACAUCAUCAAACGCGACUUGCCCGAGAUGGUGGUCGAGGAGUGUGAUUGCCCGUAGCGGCGCCCUUGUACAUAGCCUGCCGCUCCGCCCGCGCCGCUCUCACGCCGCACCGCCGCGGUACGCUUCUGCCGCUCUCGAAUCCGAUUUAAUCCGAAUCGAUUAUAAAUAAUAUUAUCGACUUGUGUAAUAUUUUGUUCCUCGCAUUCGAAAGACUAUAUCCUAAAAAUCGAUAAAUAAAACUAUCUACACUGGACUCGUCGCGUUAUCGUAUCGUACGUUGCACAAUUGUUAUUAUAAGCAUAUCGCGUAUGAUGGCAUGUUCAGCAUAUCCUUCACCGCCUUCAUAGAGUACGAUAGUAGUCGUCGUUAGCUUAUGUGAUGCGGUCGAGGCUGUGCACUAGAUAGUGGUGCGCAGUGUCGCCGCAAGUCGUACGCGCGACAUGCCACCGCGGUAGGUCGCGACUGCCGCGAGCUCGCGCGGCGUACGGCACGCGGACGCGACGCUUUGUGUGUAGGUGGCCUAAAUAAUUUAAUAUGCCGUUUUCUUUCACCCCGUUUGGUGAUCGCUUGUAAUUAUUGUAAACUGUAUUAUAAUAAUUAUUAUAAUUAUAAUAAUAAUAAAUCAACUUUUUCAUAAUUAUUA